AUGGCUGGUAAUUUAAACCUUUACGAUUUUAAUGGCUCGAUUAGACGAAAUAAAUUGCAAGAAGCUAUCUUUUCUGAUUUGGCUAAAAAAGAAGAUUUUAUGAAAAAAAUUAAUGAAGAACGUAUCGAAAGGCAGAAACGAUCCAGACGAAAAGUGGCAGCCAUAAAAAUACAAUCUUCAUAUCGAGGAUAUCGUGUUAGAAAACAAUUUCAUAUUUUUUUACGAAGUCUUUUCGAUAAGGCAGGUCCAACACAGAGCAUUACAUUAUUGGAAACACAAAUUUCUCGUUUGGCUUUUUUUUUCCGAUAUGCUGUUGACAGUGAAAGAACUUUAAAAUUGUGCAGUGAAGCAGUUGUACUAGCACAAAAAUUAAAAACGAGCGACUUAUUGGAUCGAAGGAGACGACAGCAACUCUUGCGAUGUGCAGUUGUGCUUCUUGAACACAGCGAUCGCACCAAAUCAUAUACAUCUGCCUUGCGAUUUUUCGAAAUAUAUAUAAAGGAGGAGGAUUGCUUAACUUUGUUGAAUUAUGGUUUUUAUUCAUCCUUGUUGACUCUAUUCUCGAAUUGCCAUCAACUGCCAUCUCCUUUAUAUAUCGAGGAAAAACUUCCACAGCGCUCUGAAUCACUUUUGCAAAUAUUAGUUUUACCUAUAAAUCGCCUUUCCGAGAAAAUGGAUGCUAUAUUUGAAUUAUUUAACACGAUCUGCAAGCCAAGAUUUGAAGCGGUUACUAUUUGUUGUUUAGUGCCGUUUCUAGCUCGACUCUGUGAAGCAGGAACUUUGAAAUUCGCUGAUGUUGUGGAUGGUUUAUUAAGUGGCGGUUAUCGGUUAUCAUCACAAGAUGCAGCUUCUGCACUUUUAAGUUCAUAUACCGCUGUGGUUAUUACUUCGGCAUUUCCAUUAGAGAAAUUAAGCAAUUUGGAAAAGACCAAGUUGGUCACGGUGUUUGCAACACUCACCCAAAAUAUUGCGCCCCCAUUGGAAGUGACAGAACGAUAUAAUAGUGAUUCGGAUACAGAUGACGAAUCAGAUGACGCUAUCGUGGCUACGACAUGUGAUGUUGAACCGGACAUUCUGGAAAACCGUGGAGGAAUUACUUCGUUUUGCAUGUUAACUUAUUUCAUACGGAUUCAUUCACCUGCAAAUUAUAUUUCACUGAUGAAUUUAUUCUCUUCAUUUCGGCAGCUAAUUCCUAAUUUAUGGGAACUGAUAGUGUCCCUUAACACAAAUACAGUAUUUGGAGUAAAGCAAUCACUAAUAGCAAUACUUGAACGGGGUGAAAACAUAUCGCAUUCUGAUGAACAGUCAUUAAUACCAGCUUUAUCGAUAUUUAUAACAUUGAUGACAAAUGCACUGAAAACAGUUGACGAUGAUGAUUUCCAAAAUGGUGGUGUUGAAGAUGCUGUUUUCCCACUUACACUAAACCAAGUUGCUGAUGUCAUCCUUCAUUGCCGAGAUCUAACACUUGGUUUAAUCGAUCUCGCUUUCCCUGUUAAUAGUGGACCUUUCCAUCAGUCUUUGGUGAAAAGCUCGAAGUGGUCUGAUUUAUUCCAGGAUGUCUCUUUGUUAACGAAAGCAUUUCACGAACGAGAUAAUCGAGUUUGCGUCAUGCCCCACAAUUUUUGGUCCAGUCAUAACAGGAAUGUUGUCGUUAAUUCUCUAAUGUGGCAAAAUGGAUAUGGUCAUCGGCGUCGUGCAAGGCGCCCAUUUGAAUUUGUACGUUUUUUGCUUCAUAACAAGGAUUCAGAUGCAAAUGAAGACCCUCCAAGUGUCAGUGAGUUGCGCAAUUUAUCGAUUAUCCGCAAUAUUCCUUUCGUUAUUCCUUUUAUGCAACGAAUUGAGAUCUUCACAGAAUUGCUUCUGAGAGAUCGCAUACGGAAUGAUACUGGCCGAAAUGGACAUUUUAUUGCUGUACACAGAGCAACCUUGUACGAAGAUGCUUUCAGAGCGUUACAACCCCAUAACGUUCCCGAUAUGAAAUCGACAAUUCGCGUACAGAUGGUAAAUUGGGCUGGACUAGAAGAAGCUGGCGUUGAUGGGGGUGGCAUUUUCAGGGAAUUCCUUUCCGAACUUCUUCAGACUGGUCUUGAUCCGUCUCGUGGCUUUUUUACUGCAACCCAUGAACAGCUUCUAUAUCCAAAUCCCUUGGCACCAUUUCUUUAUCCUACUAAUUUUGUUGAUCAUUUCUAUUUCAUCGGACGGAUUAUUGCUAAGUUGAUCUAUGAAGGCUUAUUGGCAGACAUUCGCUUUGCGGAUUUCUUUUUGCUGCAGUGGAUGGGAAAUCCGGACGGAACAGUUUUAGAUUUAGAAUUAGUUAAAUCAUACGAUCCUCUCCUACAUAAAAAUUUGAAGUUUUUGAAGCGCUGCCCAUUGGAAGAAAUCGAGGCUCUUGACCUUGAUUUUACUGUUAUAAUUGAUAAUUUUGGCGUGACGGAGAAGGUAGAACUGAAGAAAAAUGGCGGUUGUAUCAAAGUAACAGCAGACAACAGGAUGGAAUAUAUACAAUUAUAUGUUAAUUACUACCUUUCCAAGCGACUUUCACCGAUGAUCGCCGCUCUUCGAAGUGGCAUGAGGAACGUUUUAGACCCCGAAUGGCUGCGAAUGUUCUCGCCAUUAGAAAUUUCGAUGUUGGUUGGCGGUAGUGAUUCAGAAAUUGACUUCAAUGAGCUCAAAAAAUUCACAGCUGUACAUAACAUAAAAUCAGAACAUGAUCAGGAAUACAUGGACCUGUUCUGGUCGGUCAUCAAUGGAUUUUCAGUUGGAGACAAAAAGAAGCUGUUAAAAUUUAUAACUGGUUGUCCACGACCACCCAUAAUGGGGUUUAAGACCUUAACACCACCAAUGGGUAUUCAGCUUGUCCACGACAUCGACAAACUACCGACUGCUGCGACAUGUAUGAAUUUGUUGAAGUUACCACUAUACGAUGAUACUGAAACAUUGCGUCGUAAAUUAAUCUAUGCAAUAAAUUGUGGAGCUGGUUUUGAACUUUCAUAA